UAAUCGACGACACUUGUUUUACAGUUCACGCCUAAAAAUCCAGGUUUCAUCCAAGACUCAUUCAAGACGGAUCCUCAGUGAAGGGAAGACAUUUCUUUUAUCCCCUCCCCCCCAUUUAAAAAAAACUUUUUGUCAUGGAGGUGCUGGACAUUUCAACGGCAUUUCAUUCUGUAUUCACUUUCACCGAGGAGGAGAUUGAGAGGAUGAAGAAGAUGGAGAAGAUGAAGAAGAUGGAGAAGAUUGAGGAGAAGACGGAGAAGAAGAUGGAGAAGAUGGAGAAGAUGGAGAAGAUUGAGGAGGUUGAGGAGGAAAUUCUGGAAGAGAUUGAGAAGAGUGAGAAGAAGAUUGAGAAGAUCGAUAAGGAGGUUGAGGAGGAGGUUGCGGAGGAAUGUGACACCACCUGCUCUUUCAAGUUCCCUGACGAUGAUGAGGAAACGGAACGGCAGGAUUCAGGCAAGUCUGAUGGUCUGCACAGAUCCCUGCGGAUGGAAAGAGAAGCCAACGCCGCUCUUGAAGACGACUUGAGGAGACUGAGAAGAGGUCGAGCGGAAAAGGACAAAGCCCUGAGGCAGGAGCGGAGAGAAAAAGAGGCUCUUGCGAGAGCGUUGGAGAAGGAACGAGCCAAAAGAGACACUCUUCGUAUUGAAUUUGAGGUCACCAAGGCCGGGAUGGCGAGUCUCAAGAGGUCGGCUGAAGCCCACCAGCUCGCACACGCGAAGCUUCAAAAGCAAACGAGCAAAAUGACGGCGGAGCUCAAAGAGAACGGAGGCGUGAUCGAGGAGCUCCGGAUUGAGCUGCGGGCGAAAUGUGACGUCAUCGCUCAGGGAACACAAUCCACCGAUGAGCUGACGGGUGAACUGGGCAAGCUGAGGGAGGGACAUCUCGAGAAAGACGAGGAAAUUCAAUCCCUUCAGUUCAGUGUUGGGAUUCUUCAACGCAGCGUCGCGGUCAAAGACGAUACUAUUUCCUUACUGCAGGAGAAAGACGACCGGUUCGCCUCGGACCUCAAAGAGGAACAAGCUAAAAGCUGUAGACUCCAGAGGGAUUACGAGGCCGUUGUGUCUGAGCAGCAGAAGAACCGAGAUGAGCUCGUCCAUCUGACUCUGGAAAAUCAAACACUGGCCUCGGAGGACCAAAGGCUACGAGGUGAACUGGAGGAUUCCCUCCGUGCGAGUCGGCUCGCGCGAGAGCAGCAGCAGCAGCGGCGGAGAGACGGGGAAGCUCGCAGCAGACUCAAGGACGGAGCGGAGAAGGAGCGAGCUCAGGUGUCGAGAGCGCGUCGAAAGAAGGAAAAGAAAGCGCCCGCCGACCCGGAGGGCGCGAUGUACGACAUGCAAACCCUGAGGAUGGAGAACGAGGACAUCCGGGCGAAAUUCAGGGCCAUGGAGGCAAAAUACGACGCGAUGUUCAAAGACGGCAUGACGCACUCCCCGGGACACGGGGGAGCGCUCAUCUGCAAGGACCCAGAGGCCGUCGCGAAGCUCCAGUACAUGGUGUUCCAAUUCAAAGCACAGCAGUCGGAGGGCAAGACGAGACGGGCCCUGAAUCUGGAGAGGACACAAAGAGCUGUCUCGGAGGAGCGAGCCAGUCACACUGCCGCUGAUCUUGAAAGAGAGAGGGAGCGCGCCAACCACACCCAUUGCGCUCUUGAAAGAGAGAGGGCCACGUGUCAGGAGGUCCAGGCCGAGCUGAGGGAAGCAUUGAUCAGGCAGAUAGAAACUCUGGAGGAGCGGCAGCAUUUGACCACGGCCCUCCGGAGCGCCGAGCGCGGCCGCCGCUCGCGGGAACGGGGGCUCAGGGCGGAGGAGCGCGAACCCUCCGCCGACGAGGCGAACGAGUCCGUGCGCAGGCUGCGAGAGGAAUACGAGUAUCUGGGCAGGAAGCAUCUGCACGUUCAGUCGAACUACCGCGAGCUGCUUGAAAGUCACAAUGCGCUGCAAGGCAAAUACCAGAGGCUCAGCUCGGACCGGAACUCAGUCCGUCUCAGUUCCGCUGAGCUACGUCCAUAA